GCUCUCCCACCCCCAAUGAGGUCGGCAAAACCAAAUAUCUCGCUUCAAAAGCUCGUCCAAGAAGAAGUCGUUGACCAGCAUAUAGAAAUGGAUGGAGAGAUAGAAAGCCAGAAGAGAAGGGGAAGGAGCAACGAUGAUUUAAUAUCUGAACAGUCUGGGUCUUUGGGCUGUAUCGGAUCGGUUCUGGUGAUCCUCUCUGGCCUGUUCACCGUUCUCCUCUUCCCUGUGACCAUCUGGUUUUGUUUCAGGAUUGUUCAGGAGUAUGAACGCGCCGUCAUUUUCCGGCUGGGCCGUAUCAUGGACCGAAAAGCCAAAGGGCCUGGAAUCUUCUUCAUCCUGCCCUGCACGGAUUCCAUCAUCAAAGUGGACCUGAGGACGGUCUCGUUCGACAUCCCACCUCAGGAGAUCCUCACCAAGGACUCGGUGACCGUCAGCGUGGACGGGGUGGUGUACUUCCGCGUCAGCGACCCCAUCUCCUCCGUGGCCAACGUGUCCAACGCAGACUUCUCCACCCGCCUGUUGGCCCAGACCACGCUCAGAAACGUGCUGGGAACCAAGAACCUGGCCGAGCUGCUGUCCGACCGCGAGGGCAUCUCCCACAGCAUGCAGAGUAGCCUAGACGAGGCCACAGACCCCUGGGGCAUCAAGGUGGAGCGGGUGGAGAUUAAGGACGUCAAGCUCCCCCAUCAGCUGCAGAGAGCGAUGGCAGCAGAAGCCGAAGCCACGCGCGAAGCCAGGGCAAAGGUGAUUGCGGCCGAGGGUGAGAUGAACGCGUCCCGCGCGCUGAAGGAGGCGGCGCUGGUUAUCGGAGAGGCGCCGGCGGCUCUACAGCUGCGCUACCUGCAGACCCUCAACACCAUCGCUGCGGAGAAGAACUCCACCAUCAUCUUCCCCCUGCCCAUGGACCUUAUCAGCCACUUCAUCAAGAAGUGAGCCGUCCAGCUGCCAUCCGCACAGUCCAACCUCUCACCUCUCGUUUAGUCCAGUUGUAUAGGAUUGUACAAUGUACUACACUAUAGUGCAGUAUAGAGUCACUGUGAAUGUUUUUUUUUUUGGUCGGUGUGCAUCAGGCUUUGCUUUCAGCCACACCGACCUUACUCAGACCACGCCAAACACAAACGCAUUUUAAAUUAACCGUCGCUUACCUGUUACGAACAUUCACUUAACCCUUUUCUACAUAGCAUCUAAUCAGCCAUCUUUAAUGUAAACCUUUUUUAAUGUUGAUGCCGUGAACUCAUUUAAAGUGGCUGACAAGAUGGGAGUUAGAAUGUCAGGAAGGGUUAUCAAAUAUUUAUACUGUUGUCAUGGUAACAUGUUUGGAUGACCCUCUGUCUCACCAACAUGGUUUAAUAUUUUAUCAAGCAGUGCAAUAUUGGCUCAUCGGGGUAUCAGAGCGAGCCAAACAAAUGUCAGUAUGUAUGGAAAAUAUCAAGUUAUUUGUUUGCAUUUUAUCAUUAUACACAUUAUUGCCUUCCA